UACUCCUACAUUGUUGAACGUCAGCCAAUUGGGAAGUUGUUAUUCCGCGAAUUCUGUGAAUCGACAAGCCCUCAGUUUCACCAAGCCUGUGUCUUUUUGACGAAGGUUGAGGAAUACGAGACUUCUGAUGAUGACGUACAAUGUCGACGAGAACUGGCUCGAUCUAUCAUUUCCCUUCUUGCACCCAGUGAUGAUACUCCCUCUUCAUCCCAGUGUGAUCAUACCAAGUGGUGUUCGUUUUUACCUGAAAACACCAUAUCAUCGAUUAUCGCUACCGCUGACUCAGCUGCCCAAGAUGAAGAGCCACGUACCGACAUUUUUGCUGAAGCAUACAAGUUGGUGCGCGCCUACUUAGCAGAUGAACCAUUCAAGCAGUUUCUCGAUUCAAUGCUGUUCUAUCGAUAUCUGCAAUGGAAGUGGUUGGAGAAAAGACCAGUGGAUAAGCACACAUUCAGGCUAUAUCGAGUUCUGGGUAAAGGAGGCUUCGGUGAAGUGUGCGCGUGUCAAGUGCGAGCAUCGGGGAAAAUGUACGCGUUGAAGAAAUUAGAAAAGAAAAGAGUGAAAAAGCGGCAUGCUGAAACACUUAGCUUGAACGAGAAGCAAAUACUCCAACGAAUCAACUCUCCAUUUGUGGUGAGUCUAGCCUACGCUUACGAAACGAAGGAUGCGCUUUGUCUUGUAUUGACGCUGAUGAAUGGAGGUGAUCUUAAAUUUCAUCUGUACAAUUUGAUGCCCGGAGGGCUUUGCGAGGAAACUGGUGUUCAAUCUCGGAUGUUAGCUGUUGAAGCUGGAAGGAGCAACGAGGAGCCGAUCAAAGGAAGAGUAGGAACUGUAGCUCCUGAAAUUGUGAAGAAUGAACGAUAUUCGUAUGGCGUGGAUUGGUGGGGUCUUGGAUGCCUCAUCUACGAAAUGAUUGAAGGAAAGGCUCCGUUUCGGCAACGGAAAGAGAAAGUGAAACGAGAGGAGGUGGAAAGACGAGUACGAGAAGACCAAGAAAAAUAUUCUGACAAGUUCAGUGAGGCUGCGCGGACACUUUGCCGAGCUCUACUUCAUAAAGAACCUUCCUUUCGUCUUGGAUGUCGUCGUGUCAGUAAACCAGAAGAAGGAGCCGAAGAAAUUCGCGGACAUUCUUUUUUCAACACCGCCGAAAGUAAGACAAACCGUGAACCGGUGCCUUGGAAGAAAAUGGAAGCAGGAAAGGUGACACCUCCAUUUUGUCCAGAUCCACGUGCAGUUUAUGCGAAAGAUGUCUUAGAUAGACUAAUGAUUGAAACAGAAUGCUUUCGUGAGUUGAAUGUGUUUUUUGACGAAGACGGUAGUCUUGUGCCGAGCUUACGACCAGAAGGCCAGUUACAACUUGACAAGAAGAAUGGUUCAAGUAGCACUGGAUUCUUCAAUCGCUUGUUCAGACGGAAGUGGCCUUCAAAGUGA